AUGCGGCAGCCCGGCGGCGGCGAGCUGAUCAGGUGGGCAGGCAGCGGCUCCCGGGCGCGCGGCGAGGAAGGGGUUAAGCGGAGGGAGACACUCCGCCAAGGAGAAUUCAGAGCAGGUGGUCUCCGUCUGGGAGGGCGGCCCGCGGCCAAAGGGAUAGGCAGGCGCUGCCGCCGGUGCCGCCGUUUCGGGGCGCCAGGCAGUACAGGAGAGCCCAUCGCCGAGAGAAAAACUUUCCCCGGAUCUUUUUCUCUGCACGAGGAGGAGGAAGACGCAGGCACUGCCCACCCCCGGCUGGCGAGAAGCUGCCGCUGCAGCAGCAGCAGUGGAGGGGAGGGCUGAUUCUCGCGGGGAUCGCCGGCAUCCUGCAGGAGCAGGAGGCGGAGGAGGCGGCAGCGCGGCGCGGGAGCGGAGAGAUGCCCCUCGGGGUGUCUCCGCGGGGGAGUCCGGAGGCGCUUCUUCCCGCGCCGCCGCUCCGGCCUGAGCAAAAGUGAAGGAGGCGCGGCUGCUGCCGCAGCCCUCGGUCGGACUCGGCUUGGCGCCGGGGCUCCUCCGCCACAGGGAACGUGCCGCCCGCUUCUGCUGCGGAGAGCCGGGAAGUCUCUAUCUCUCUCCCCCCGCGCGCGUGUGUGUGGCGAGGCCGUGUUGCGUCGUGGAAAAAGAGAAGGCGGGCGGUGAUUGCGAGCCCCAGCUCCGGAUCUUGCUCGAGUAUCUUUCUGUGUAUGCACAUUUGGAACACACACAUCGGAUCCCUCGGAUCGACUCGUCACCUCUUCUCCGCCGCGCGCGCGCGCGCGCAAAAACACCCCGACAGAUCACGCCGCCAGCCGACGGCCGGGUCCUGGGAAGGCGCCCUGCCACAGGUAGCCGCGGCGGCCCCGCGCCUUCGCCGGCACGCUUGGAGGGAGAGCCGCGACGCGCGUCCACACCCGGAAUCGCGCGUGUCCCCCCUCCCCUUCCCCAAAAGGGUGCGGAAGCUUCUGGCUGAGGACCCCCGCCCCGCGCGCCCACUCCCGCCGCAUCGUGCGCCCCCCCCCCCCCCGUGCUCUUCCUCGCAUCCCAGGAUGAAUCGUCCUCCUCGCGCGCUGGGGAGGCCGGCGGAGCGAGCGGCGGCGCAGGCGAGGAGCCGAUCUGCUCCCGGGUGGGCUCUUCUGCAAGGAGGAGAGCGCGCCGCCGCGAGGGUUUCGCCUGACCAACGGCGCCCAAGUGCUCGCAGGAACGGGCGCAGCGCCUGCUGAAUCGCCGAGGAGCUGAAAGGCCCGGAGGAAGUCCAGGACCGAACUGCAGGGCGGUCGGGACUUGCGCCGGCACCCGGGAAAGGGGCGGCUCCCUCCGGCUGCGACCCCGGGGAUACUUUUCAAGCGACUCAGUGGGUGCCCGUCGGGUUCUGGAGCGCCCUCUUUCCCAGGACGAGCGGGGAGGCUGGAGUUUGGGAGAGAGCACGUGAAAAAGAAGACAUUUCUCUCCAUCGCCACCCCCCACCUCGGGAUCCUGUGAGAAAUAAGACUUAUGGCGCUUCUGGACUUCGGGAUGAGAAGCGCCGGAUCCUAAAAGGAGCUCGUCGGGGCCUCUGUAAAGUAGUAGUUUGAAUCUGCCCCCCCCCCUUCAGAAGCCUGAUGCUGCUACUGCCUGUCGCUUGGCUCUGCUGUGAAGGGAAUGCAGCUGUGCUCCAGGCACAGCUGGAGCCCCUCUGUGCCAGGAAAACACCCCCCUGGUAGUUGGAUUGUGUGAACGUCUGGAUUUAGGGGGCGGAGAGGGGGCACCACCCUCUUUGGCCCAUCUGCUGGCCCAUCUGGGAAAACCUCUAUAAGGAUGCUGGCCGGAUGGAGAGAGCUGUCUACAGGGAUAAGUGCUACACUUUGUUGCCUCCUCUUCUUCUGGCUCCUGUAUUCUCAUCCACCCAAGGAAGGUACGUUCGUGCCUGUUUCAUACACCACUUCGCCACUUCACCUUAUGGCCUUUGCAGAGAGGGCAGGGAAGGAGCUUCCCUUAUUCUGCCUUCAAGGCUAUGCACAAAUCGGAACCCUGCGGUGAGGCUGGGGUAAUCUAAAUAGGGACCAUUGCCGCUGUCUAAGGUCCUGAGGGUUAUCCUGGGGUUGCUUGGCGAUGAGAACAUGUUAAAACAAAUCUAAAUGCCUGCCCAUUUGGCCAUGAUCACCCCUCCUUUAUUUAGGUUGGAAAGAGCAAGCAGAACCAGAAAGGCACAUAGGGAUUUGGACAGAAAGGCCUUUCAGGCACCCAAGACUCCUCGGAUUUUAUAAAAGCACCUGGUAAGCUUCAGGCCAGUUGGUAUGUUGAAGCAGGGAAGAUGUAGGCCACCCCACCUACCCACCCUGGCAGAAUUGCUUUAAGCACAUUACAUAUUCCACUCCCUCCCCCCCCCCAAAAAAAAACCCCAGCCCAAGUAUGGGCAUAGAAAACAAAAGCAAGCAAUUGGAAGCUAGCUGAAAUGCUGUGCCAUAGUGGCACCCAGGUUAUCCAAGGGACACGGCCUGGGUUACCUUUUCACAGAUGAGUUAGAGAGUCCUUUCAAAUUAAAAUCAGGGCUCAAGACUCCAAGAACACAUUUGGUCAUUCUACUAACCUCUCCUUUUAUAAAAGGCUACAAAGGCAAGAAUGAGGAACUGUUGACCUCACUUCCAACCCAUCCCAGGUUUUCCUUCCCUGGUUUCUGUGGGUCAUUUAAAGAAUUUAAAUUUCAAAGGCAUAAGACACAAUCUAUACAUUUCCUACAGUUUUUCCAUACAGGAGGCAGCAGGGUUGAAUAAAAGAGCAAACUGCGAAUUUUAAGGCUUUACUUCUGUGCAAAGUUGUGUGGGAAGAAGGCCCACUGAAUAAUGAGGGCCUUCAAGCCGAAAUUUGUAAGCUCAGUCAAGCUACAUGUGCAAUAACAAUCCUCCUGGAAGGAGAUUUAAGUAGCAAAUUUCUCAUAUCUGUAAACUGCUUUGAGGUGGUUUUUUGUUUUUUUUACAAUUGAGCAGUUUAUAAAUUUUAUGAAAUAAUAAAAUAAAUAUCUAAGAAGGAUUCAGAACUUGAAGAGCCAAUGACCAGGGCAGAAGAAUGGUGGUUCUAGCCAGGAGAGAGACAUUUGCACUUGACAAACACACACAAAAGGGAAACCUUCAUGAAAGUAGAAAUCUGGAGGACUUCAGGAAGGCUGUUUAAAUCUUUAUCUGAGGCUGCAACCUUUUAUACCAGGGAUGGGGAACCUGUGGCCCUUUAGUUGUUGGAAUAUCAACUCUCAUUAUCCCUGAUAUUUGGCCAUGCAACAACUUUUGGAAGGCCCAGUGUUUCCCAUUGCAGCUCUAGAUGCACAAAUCUGGGAGUAAGUCCCACUUAGUUCAGUGGACUCUUUUCUGAAGAUCUGCGCAUGGGCAUGCACAAUGGGCUGGAUUCAACUCAGUGGCCCUCCCGAGCAGAAACUUCCUCUAGCACAAUCCGACUUUCCACUCCUCCUCAUGGAUGCCUCCUGUGACCCUCCCCAAAAUGGUUUGAGGCAGGAGAACCCCCAGAACAGGGAAAGGAGAAGGCAGAUCAUUCCACGAAGCAAGCAGAAAUGUUUUCACUAAUGGAGCCAUCUGCCUAGGGCUGCACUGAAUUCCUCCCUGUGACUUCACAUUCUCUCUGCAUCAAACUCAUUUUCUGUGCCCACCUUGUUUAAUGGGGGCAGUUCAUGGCUGCUGUGUUGCUCUUAGCACACUGAGUAAUCUCCCACUGACCCUUUCUAGUGGGCUGAACAAUUUUGCGUAGCAAACCUUUACUGGAAGGGCUCAGGUCUGUUGGCUGCUAGCUACUUUGAGCAGUACUGCUGUGGGUGGCAAGUGACAUGACCAUGUUUACUGCAUGGAGUUUGAAGAUUGAUUUAAUCUGAUACUUGCAGUCCAGUUGGAGAAAGUUUUAAAAUUUAGGCCGAGUAGCCCAAGUAGCAAGCCUUGCAUGGGAGAGAAAGCACCUCAGUCAAAGGAAGAGGGGUUUUUUUUUGCACUGUUGGUUUUGAUUUAGACAUUUGAUUUAGACAUUGGCUUAUUUCUAGGAUUCCAUUUCACUUUCACGAUUAAGUACUUCAACAUGCUCAACAUGCACUUAAUUGAGAUGCUUUUGGAGAGAGAAGGAGAUGAACAGAGAAAGGAGCUUCUUUGUGUAGAAAACACUAAGGCAUAGGGAUAUGUGACCUUCAGGACAUGCUAUCUUAAUAUAUCAACCCAGUUUCAUUGAUAUUUGGUUGCUGAGAUGCAUCAUGGAGCUUGAUCAGGUGAUGGGAAAAGCUUCUGCUUGAGCCCAUAGGGAGCCAAUGCCAAUUGCAGUAGACAAUACUAGACCGGCAAAUGGUCUGGUCUCCUUUAAGAUCAGGUUCCAAUCCUGUCACUAGCUUUCACUUGUGAUACUGAACACAUUACUUUGCCACAACUGGGUCUCUUUCUGCAGCCUAAACGCAGUGACCCUCAAACUUGCCAUUCUUAUCUUUCAGCAGAGCUUAUUUUUUUCUGGUCCUAAGACUCUUCAGUCACAGGUAGCCAAUGUGGUACUACCCCCUACUUUAAGCAAAAACUACCAGUGGGGAAAGGAAGGAGGUCUGUGAUGAGUGAGGUCUCCUUGAAAGUCCCAGAGUCCAUUAAAUUUGCAGUUUUGGUCCUGAAAGAGAUUAUUUUCCAAAGGCAAGAGCCACCUAGGCCUGUGUGUGGUUGGGUUGUUAAUGAGAAACUAGUUGCUAUGAUUUUCUGCACUCAAGAGAAUAAUAUAUCACCUCUUUGACUUCCCAGCCCACUUGAUUUGGUAUUUGUUUACAGAAGAGUGCCCUGGAGGCAACUGGUUUCUAAAACUCUUUACAAGGCGCAAGCCCACAACUUUGGGAGAGGAAGACAAAUGCUUUGUUCAUUUGGCUGUCCUCUCCACCCCCCCAUGGGGAAAAGACCCACCCAUGUUCACCAUUAAUAACUCUGUGGUUCAGUUUUGGUUCGCUCAGGGUCCCAUUUUCAGAUGAUAGCUUCUAAGGGGAGUUCAGUUUUCCAGGUUGGCAGACAUCUACCAGAAGAGGAACCCAAUGUCUUUCUAUUUUUUAUUUUCAUUUUGACUUACCACAGAAAAUCCUAGCCAUGUUUGUGUCUGAAACACUCCACAUGAAGCACCACUGAGUGGUGAAUAGGAAUUACACAAGGAGUAGACUAUUAGAAGCAGUUGGCAAUUUGCAUGGGUAGCUGCUAACCAACAUUUCCUGGGUUCCCCCCCCCUCCUGUGUGUGCAAGAUCCACUGAGCCCUGUUAAGUAACUGAUUUGUUGCCCUUGGUUUUCCCCAACUUCCUUUCCCCCAGUUUAUGCUGUGUAACAAAUAGCUCUGCAAGCCCAGAAGCUGCAGAAGAAAUCCUGUGCUGAUGUUUGCUCACCCAGAAACAUAAAGAGCACUGUCAGCGUAAACGUUCCACCGAGAGCUCCCAAGACAGGCCUCCUGCAAACCAGGAUGUCAGGGGCACUUUGCAGAUCCAUGUGGAUCCAUAAAUAAUGUCACAAUUAGCAACUGAAACCAAACAUUUAUGCAAUAAUUCAGUUGAUGCAGCCUCAGCCAGUCGAGCAGGAGCUAUGAGUUCAGUGCUGAUCACAGGCAUGCAAGAGGCAAGACACUGCCAAAUUAUCAGCCUCCAUGCCAGAGCCCUAGGUGUGUUAUAGGCCACAAGGCUGGUUGCUGCACAGCUUUUUUCACUGGACAGUUUGUAAAGCAGCUAAGGUGGAGAUUGCUUGCAGUUCAUUGCUAUGCCUCCAUGGCAAGGAAAACCAAGUGCUGGGAUGUGUGAGUGUGUGUACAUAUCACACACACCCCAAACAGACUUGCUUUUAGAUGUGCUGUAUAGCGAAAAUUCUAAGAAGAAUCUCAUAAAUCCAAAACUAGCUAUGUGAUUUUUGCCUGGAAUUCAGCAAUAAAUAAAACAGAUGGAAGCAGCAUUGAUCCAUAAGAAAGAUUCUGAAAUCCACAGUUGGGCAAUAGCUUUAGGCGGACCGAGGAAAACGUCACAAAACAGAGCAAGUGUUUUGAGUUCUUCAGAACUCUUCGUUGGCUGGAUGUUAAGCAAAAUGGGCAGAAGAGUAAAAGCAAUAAGGAACCCAACUGGCUCAAUGUUGUAGUUGUAAAGUCUGCAUUUAGACUCAGUGGCAAGCUGAAGAUUGUGGACUGUAUUACAUCCCAUAUAAAACAGUAUCACAGCACUUUAAACAGGGAUGGCUUCUCACAAAAAAUCCUGAGAAUUAUCAUUUUUUAAGUGUGCUGAGAGACCCCUAUUCCUCUCACAGAGUUACCAUUCGCAGAGCGGUUUCUCCAGCAGUCCCUUUUCCCAGGGAACUCUGGGAAAUUAUAGGUCUGUGAAGAGAAUAAGGGGACUCCUAACAACUCUCAGCACCCUUAACAAACUGCAAUUCCCAGGAUGCUUUGGGUGAAGCCAUGGCUGUUUAAAGUGGAAUGAUACUGCUUUAAAUGUAUAGUGCAGAUUGGGCUUUACCUGCUAGGUCAUGAGUGGGGAACUGGAUCUGGCGGGUGGGCUAGAUCCUUCCUUGCUCCCUAUGACCCUUCUAUGACCGGUGGGCAGGGCCACCCAACUGUCAGUCACCUGACCUCACUAUUAUGCCAGGUAUCAAGUUGAAAGGGCCUUGUUGUUGAUGGACGUCAGAGGCACUGUCAUUCAGUACCUCUCGAUUGAUGGGUGCUGAUUUGUGAAGUCCCUGAGUGGUUUCAAUACAAACCUCUUGCAAACAGGCUUCAAAGUACAGUCGUACAUCGGAAGUCUAACACAAUCCGUUCCAGAAGUCUGUUCGACUUCCAAAAUGUUCGACUUCCAAAAUGCAGCUUCUGAUUGGCUGCAGGAAGCGCCUGCAGCCAAUCGGAAGCUGCAGAAGCCCUGUUGGACGUUCGGCUUCCAAAAGAACGUUUGAAAACCGGAACAACAACUUCUAGUUUUUGGUCAUUUGGGAGACAAAAUGUUCGACCCCAAGGCAUUCGGGAGCAGAGGUACGACUGUAAUGGCAGCCAGUCAUGCAUUUACCUCCCUUACACCUGAUGUCACGUAAGAUGACAGGCAAGUGGGCACUGUUUGGGGAAAAUGGCUUUGUGGGCCAAAUUAGGACCCCUUCUGGGCCUCAUUAGGCAUGUGGACAGAAAGUGUUUCACUCCUGUUUUAGGCUAAACUUAAUAUACUGUGACAAAGAAUCAACGGCUUUGGAAACAAAAUCAGGAAGAGUGACAAUGACUGCUCAUUUCCCUCUAAUACAGUCUUGUUCAAUAUGUGCCAUGGUUGUGUUUUUCAGGGCUUUUGAAAGUGUGCAAGACCAGGAAUGCCUCCAUUGCAAAAGAGGUUUGCUCUCGUAAAGUGAAAUGUAUGCUGUGUAAAUGCUUAACUCUGCUCCAGUUUCAGUCAAGACUAAAGUUUGUUAGUUUAUUUCAGGAAUUUAUCCCCCACAUUUCAGUAGCUGUCUCGAAGCAGCUCAUGUACAAUGAGUAACAUGGAAAACGUGUAUUGAAACAUCAGAAAAUGGCAACAUUAGAACAAUAUUCAUAGUACAAAGGUCUCCUGAAAUAAAACCAUUUUAACCCAGCUUUUGAAACUUAAGCAGGGAUGGUGCCUGCCUGAUUUCUAAUGGGAGGGAAUUCCACAGAUGUGAAAUUUAGAAGAAGAAAAAAGCAGAAAGUUCCAGUAGAAUUGUCGUACGUACAUGACAAACUACACAGGGAUUUAAUGUCGUUUCAGCAUGGUGCGGCAAUGUGUGAAUUAAAGCUCCUGCUUAAUGCCUUUUUGCUUUGAGCAAACCAUACUUCAUAUGUUGUUCGAGCUUCUCUUUGAUCAGCCAAAUAGGUGGUGGGUGGAGAGAUGCCAAUAAAAUCUCUGAGUCAAGUGUAGACCCAAAGCUAAAAUUUGCUAUUUUUGGCUUGCCAUUUUACCCAAGGGAGAUAAUAAAUAUUUCAUGCUUGCUUUAGAUGAGUUGCAUGAGGGUUUGUGAGUCCAGUUUAAUGCCAUACUCUGCAGAUGCAGAGAGAUAUACACAAGUGCUAACUGUUGAUUAUGCUUACAAAUAGGGAAAAAAUAUAUAUCCAGAGAUGGAGAAAUGCAGCUUCCCUUUCCCCCAGAGCUAGCACAGAGGAGGAAAACCAUGAAAAGAGAUAUUAUUCCCUUCACCUCUAUAAAGGAUCAAGGCUUGUUUUUGUGGCCAAUAUGAGAUCUGAACCAGGGCCUCGGAAACUCUUAACCUCUUUAUCAAAUCAGUACUAAACUAGUAUUGAAACUCUGCAAAGCAUCUUCCAUAAAAUGAGCAGUUCUCCACUUUCAGUUCUCCACUUUCAUUAUAGAUUAAGUAAAGGGUGGGCAGACUUUAGGUUUGUGGGAUCUGAUUUUUUUUUUUAAUAGACCCCGAAAGCUGUCCACCAAUCAGAGCCAGGUGCAAAUUACCAGGAAGGUGGAGCCAGCUACAAAAGGGUGGCUCAGGCAGUGGAGCCAGUGACCUAUUGCCUCCCCAUGAGCCAUCCAGUGGGAUGAUCCAUGUGUCGAAGUCUGCAUCUGAAAUACUACAGAUCAGGGAUUCCUAACAACCUAAUAGGGGGGAGUCUUUUUGUUCCUUCUAUUAUUAAACAGCUGGAAGCCAGAAAACCUUGAUCUGCCUCAAAAUGGCAAAUAAUCUAGCAGAGCCCAUCACUUGAAGCCUAUGUGGUGGGACAGAACCUGACUUCUACUUUCCUGGAGGGUAGGUAAGGUUGGGCCUGCAGGUUGCAUUGAUGGGAGCCAAUCCAGCAGUCCUGAUGAUGCAACCCUGUUGCUUAACCUCACCACCACCCCAGCCAGGUAGGCAGCAGUAACACCUGUUGCCCACCGCUGCUUUAGAUGAUCUGUUACUCUCUUUGGGGGCUCACGUGUGAUGUGGCUGAGGGUUGGUGCAUUAAGGCUCCUUUAGGACAAAGGGAUGCUAUAGAUCAUUUUCAGAUCCCUUCCAGUCCCACGAUGCCAAAUCAAUUCAUGUGAAGAUAAAGAAGGAUGUAAAAAUGAAAUGCAUUAGUAGAGCGAUGGUGCUGAGACUCUGAGGUGACAAAGCAUUCUAUUGAUAUUAAGCAAAUUGGGAGAAAAGAGCGUUCAGCAAUUAGCGUACCCAGAAAACUAGGGAACCUUGUGUUAAAAAGCAACCAUUUUUAUUCCAGAAAGAAUUAGCUUGGAAUAAAUUGUACCGUCUGUUUCUACUUUUGCAAUCACUGACAUGGAUGAUAAUUGCCUUUCUACACUUUAGGGCAUAUUUCUGAGAUCACAGAACAUGGCAGCUAUCCCUUAAUGUGCUUUAAUCACCUCUUUGCUCAGGCAGUUAAAGAAGUUGAAGCGUUUCCCCCUCUUUCUUCCUUCCAAUCAAUAUUUUCCAGAGCGGUGCCUUUCCCCCUGUUUUAUUUCCAUUUUGAUUUGUCCCUCCUCUCCCAUUGUCCCUCUUUCCCCCCUCCUCCCCCCUUCCUUUUCUUGAUUAUAAUACAUGCCAGGGACAAAUUCACUACUUCAUGGAUGAAGAACCUCAGGCCCACAUGCAGCUCUCCACACUUAGUUACCUGGCCUCUGAGAUUCUUCCCAGGCCACAUGCCCUCUUCAGCCACACCCCUCACCAGCCCUGCCAUACACACUCCAUGAGUGUUUCUGCCAGGCAGAGCUCUUACCUUCCUUGCCUGGACUGAUGAUGGAUAGAGAUGCAUAUGUGUCAAGAAACAGGUCCACGGUACAAAGGUAAAACUAGCAUUUAUUGAUGCGUCUACUUUUGCCUGUCACCCUGCCCACCACUGGCCCCCUGGAAGGCUGUCCAGAAGACAAUCUGGCCCUUAGGCCAAUCUAACCUCACCCCUGCACUGCUUGAAAGAUAGCAGAUAGCAGGCUGGGGUUCCUAAUCACAAGUAAACGUACUUUCCUGUAGGCAUGCCUCCUUGUUGCUUCAAGUGGCAGUCUUAAAGGGGGCAGCAUUCCUUGCAAUGCCUGCAUAGAUAUUGCAGGACACAUUGCUGGUAGCUGAAGCAGCUUGCCAAGCGGGGCAGGGCUGCAACAGUAGCCUCCUGGCAGCAGCAUGGCUGGGAGGCAGAGUGAGACCAGGGCUGUCUGGAUGAAGUGGUGUAGCCAACCCAGUGCUCCUGCUGGCAAGCCUACCUCAUUCACAAUUUUACGAACAGUACGCAGACUGAAACUCGGCCAUCCUUCAAAAUUCGCACUUCUUCAGAUUUUGCCAGGCUGUUCUCCAGCCAAGUAAGGUGUACAAAAAAAGAGAGUAUGCAUUAGAAUGAAGUGUGGAUAAAAAUGCAUGCAUAUGUGAAAAUAGCAUACAAAAAUUAUAAUGUCAGGAAAAAAUAUGUGCAUUGCAAGGCAAAUUUGCCUACAUACAUUAGAAUUUUGCACUGAAAUUGCUCUGAAAUUGCUGCAUUCUCAUGAGGACUUGUUUUUAAAAGAUUAUUCAGAAACUGAUGCAGGAAUAUGAGGAACUGAAUGUGGAAAAACUGGAAACUGGAGGAAAACAAACCCUGAAAUUGACAGAUUUCCCCAUCUCUAUCAAGGGGACUCUCCAGCACCUGUUUGAAAAGUUGCUUACAAGCAAACUUGUAAGACGUGAUGGGCAGGUGCAGACUCCUUAAGACUGUGGGAUGUCUACUGUGGGUUCAUGACUGGCUGCAAUACCUGGCACAUACCCACUCUGCAAUCAGGAGCCUGUGUUUUGUUCAUCACACUUUACAUUCAGUUGGGCUGUGAGAAACACAACCGCUGUGUGAAACGGCUCCCUCAGCCACAUUGGGUCACGGAAACAUCCCAAUGUGAGUAACUUGUGGCACUUGGAUAUGCUGACGAUAAGGAGUUAUUUAAAGCAAAGUUACUACGAGUCUGUUCCUUGCUGAUGUCAGUAGCACUGAGCAAGCCAGGCAGGAUCAGUCCCCAAGUCAUCAUAAGCAGGAAAAGGUAUAACAGAGCAUGCAGCAAGGUAAAUCAUACCCAGUGAAUGCAGUUCUAAUAGAAACGUCUCAGCCGCUCACAUCUACUUAUUCAGAUAACAAAUAACUCUCUCUAGGAGAGAGAGAGAACAGGGAGCUGGAGAUUGAAUGUAUAUAUUACAGUCCAAAUAAAUAUGAAAAGGCUGUUGCAUGUGCCGGUAUAAAUCCCGGUGAUCGCAUGCACUUCCGUCACAUGAAUGCCACUGAAGAAGAUGUGAGGAAAUGAGAAAGUGGUGUUGCCCAUCUAAUAGGGAAGCAAAGGGGCUUUAGAACUUAUUCAAAGGGGCAGGCUAUAGAUACAGAUAUGUGGAGAUACAUAUCUUGAGUAUAUUAUACUCAAGGCUCAGAAAGUAAAAGGAAUUUGGACAGACGGUAACACAAGAAGUAACAAUAAGGGGCUUAUGAGCCAGCAGGCCCAGUAUUUGUAGAUCUGCAUUCUGCUUCCCUGCUCUGGAUAACAGCUGAUAGCGCAGCAAGAAGCGUAUAUAGAGAUCGAAGGAAAUGGUUGGAACAUGCUGUUAUCAGGGUGGCCAGGCAGGCAGGUGGGAAGGCCAGCCUGCCGGCCUGCCCAGGUAGAUAGGUGGCAAAGACAAAGUGGAAUCCAUAGGAGCAAUCUCUUGCAUGCUUGCUACACAAGCAGCGAGUCUGUGUGGGGCCAACCCAUUUAAAUGGGAAAAGGUGAAUGUGAGGGUGUUUUGCUGCUGCCCAGCCCCUGCGUGGCAUUCCCCGAGCUGAAAAGUGGAGAGAGGAGCAAAAGGGCUUUGGGAAGCCCCGUGCUGGCUAGAGGUGGCUCUCCAGGUAAAACACUUGGGUGCAUGGCUGGCAGUAGUCCCUGCUUUGAGAUCUCAAGCACUUUACAGCAUUUGUAAAGGAGAUAAAACCUUCUGUUGAAUGUCCGGGUUCAGCUUCUCAUCUGAAUUUCACCCCCUGGACUGUUGGCUCGUCGUUUCAGCCUCGUAUAUAGUGUAAAAAAAAAAAAAGUGUGAUUCUUCCAAACUUCCAGAUUCCAUCCCCAGGGGGACUAGUGAGAGGAGGAAUGGAUUCAGCAUGUUGAGAAUCUAGUGGCAGGCCACAAAGCUUAGCUAUGCAAAAUGGCUGAAUUUGGUCCAGUGACUUGGGACAUUGCUAGCUAUCCUAUGGAGAUAGGCUGGGUUCCUCUCAGCAUCAGGGUAACCAGGCUGCUGGAACUGUACAGGCCUGGUGUAUUUUUUUUAAAAACAAACAAACAAUUUUUUAUUGGUUUCUAAAAAAAAAUACAAGAACCAUUUGUAAACACUUAUCCAGCAGUACAUCUAAUGGUGUUCAUUCUGUCCAUUGGCUCUAGACGUAAACAUAUUCAACAUUGAAACAUAAUGCUUAACAUAACCUCUUCAUUGAAAAUAUUGAGUGACUGGUAUAACAAAGUCUUUGGUCAUUAACAUACUUAAAGAAAGGGAUUCACAUUUCUUGGAAGGUGUCUCUAUCCUUGGCAUGAUUUUUAUCCUCUUGGCUGAUUGCCAAAACUAGAAGAUGCAAAACCAGUAGAAUCAUUUUUGUUUUCAGUGAAAAAAAGUGUACACAUAUGCACAAAAGUGUUUCAUGGGGAGUGGUUGCAUUUGAAAUGUAGUGUGUGUGUGUGUGUGUGCAUACUCAAUUGGCGCUGAGUCGUUUUAGGCUGCCUCUUUAACCCAAGAGGCCUGACUCCUCGUUUCCUGCUCUGGCAAACAGGCUGCGUGCUUCUCCUGUUCUGCUGGGAUUAAGUCUGUCUCAUUUCCCAAUCUCUCACUGCAGGAAAGGAGCUGGAGGUGGGGACGUGUGAAAUCACAGCAUUGGACAGAGAUAUGAGCCAUCCCAAGAGGAUGAUCGCCAGGCAGACAGCGCGGUGUGCUUGUCGGAGGGGUCAAGUGGCUGGAACAACGAAAGCAAAACCUGCAUGUGUGGAUGGUAAGAGAGCAAGGUCUCCUUCUCCCUCAGUUGAUUGUUCCAAAUAUCUGUGGAUCAGGUCCAACAAGGAAUAAGAACAUCUUUAAACGUGGAGAGAAAUGUUGAGGCUUCUUGGUGCUCUCCUACUGAUAUACAUCACAGUCUCUGUGAACUCUCCAAUGCUAUCAGGGACUGCUGUCUUUCCCCCCACUCUAAAUCUAUAGGUCUCUGCCAGGGGUGCUGAAACUAACCAGCUGAGGUUUUUCUAGUCAAAACUAAGAUCCAAUAGAGUUAUAAAAAGAAUAAAGUUAUUACAUUCAGUUUUGGUGAGGAACCUCAAGCCUGGGGGACAAAUGUGGCCCCCAAGCCUCUCUGUCUGGCCUCAGGGACUCUUCCUAGGCCACAACCCAUCACCAACCACAUCUCCUACUGACCUUGCUUUGCAACCCCCUUGAGUGUUUUUGCCUGGCUGGAAUGUGUCCUUGAUAAUGCCUCAUGCUUCCCACUUUUGCCUUUGGCCCCACCCACAACUAGCCUGCUGCCUCAGGAAAGUUGCCCAGAAGGGAAAGUGGGUCUCAGGCUGGAAAAGGCUCCUCACCCUUGGGUUUGGACUGAUGUGCAGUGCCGCUCCAUCUGCGUGCUUCAAGAGCCCCCUCUCACUCUGAGGAGAUACAUAAGCCCUCUUCUGAUAAGCAUGUUGUUGUAAAGCAGUUAUCGGUGCUUAGCAUUUCUAGGUGCCCGCCUGAAGAGGAAGCCCAUCUCUUUAAAAGCUCUGCAACUAAAGAAGAGUGUGCAGCUUCUCUGCUUCUCAUUCUGUUGCUCCGCUUGUUCACUGUUCCCUUCUUUUCCAUCCCCCACUAGCAGAGUUUGGAUUUGAUAUCCCGCUUUAUCACUACCCGAAGGAGUCUCAAAGCAGCUAACAUUCUCCUUUUCCCUUCCUCCCCCACAACAAACACUCUGUGAGGUGAGUGAGGCUGAGAGACUUCAGAGAAGUGUGACUAGCCCAAGGUCACCCAGCAGCUGCAUGUGGAGGAGCGGAGACUCGAACCCGGUUCACCAGAUUACGAGUCUAACACUCUUAACCACUACACCACACUGGCUAGGUAACCUUGUGGGCUGUGUGCUAUAGCGGGUGGGAUAUCAGAUUGUUUGAGCGGUUGCACUGCUUCUUCUUCUCUGCUGUGAGCAUCUGAGGAGACAGAGGCAAUCUCUGGGAGAAGGGCAACUCACUAUCUGUGUGGAGGCUUUAUUGUGACUUAAAACACUGGACAACAAAAGUUCCGAAGGAGAGAGUAAGAGAGAGGGGAGCAGAGUUUAUCCACACUUACCUUUUGCCCUGCCCUUUCCAGGCGGAAGUCUGCACCUUAAGGCUCUGUGCUGAGCAAACAUCAACUUGGAUUGAAGUUUGCUCCAAUUGAGCUUUAAAGAGUGGGUUUCCAUGGGGAAAGCUCUGGAGCAAAAAGAAAAGAAAAGAAGAAAGGGUGUGUGUGCUUGGACACAGAGCUUUAAAUUGCAGGCUGUGCCUAGAAACUAGAAAGAGCAGAGGAAAGGUAAAUGUGGAUAAGCUGGGAGAGGGAGAGGGAAAGAAAGAGAGAGAGAGAGAGAGAGAGAGAGAGAGAGAGAGAGAGAGAGAAUAGGACCUAGUGGGCAGGUCCUGAGAAUACACUUGCUGUUGCUGAUAUCCAUUAAGUAGAGUGAUCAGGAAAGCUUUGGCCUGUCUGGGGAGAAACAAGAAAACCUCAGGGAAAUAGCCAUGUGUUUCGGAUUCUGAGACUGAGGGUAACCUGGUCUUGAGCUGCAUGGAAAUGGUUUGGCUCCACAAAAUCAUUACUUUCCCAUUCUAGGAAUCUACUUGAUCAUAUUUUGGGAGCUACUGUGUAAAAACAAAACAAAAAUGCACUGGAUUCUCUCUUGGACCUUAAGGCCUUACAAGAAGCUUCCCUGAGGCUUUGGCGUGUGGGCAUGUGUUACCUUGUGUUGUAAUGUCCUGAGAUUGUGCAACAGUGACAUGCUACCUAGUGUUGCUAUGUGUGUGUGGGAAGGUGUCCCCCGCCUGUGGGUGGGUGUUUGGUACAUGUGGCGAAUAUGAGGCUAUUCUGAGCUCACAGGUGGCCUGUUUUCUCACGUUAGGGGGUGUUAUGACCACAUCAUAAAGCUUCAUAGAUUUGAUCCACUCUCCCCUUUCCCCUUCCCUCUUCCUUUGCUUUCAUUUCCACUCUGUUCCCCCCUUUUCCUCUUCCAGUACUCCGUUUCAAAGGGCCUUUCUCUGUGAUGAGAAAAAUAUGUCUUAACAGUGCCACGUUAUGUGUGCUUAUAUAGAAGUAAACCUCACUCUAUUUAAGUAAGUAGUUAGUAUGUGCAGGCGUGCUCACCUGUUUUGUGGAAUCCCACUCCCAUGAAAUGGAGGGGGUGGUCUCGCUGGUGGGGAGAAAACAGACUCAUUUAGGAGGGCAGUUGGUUAACUGCAUCUUUAUUGUGGUGCAGUGUAGCACAAUGGUUAGAGUGUUGGACUGCAACAUGCGAGAGCAGCACUUGAAUCCCCACUCAGUCAUGAAGCUCAUGUGUCAUAAUCUCUCCCCCAAACAGCAAUGUGGGGAGGAUAAAAAUAGAGAGGGAACACCCCUUUGAGCUCCUUGGAGAAAAGGUGCGAUAUAAAUAUAAAAAUAAGUAAAGAAUUGCACUAUGAAAUUGACAUAUGAAAAAGCCCAAAUCUCACAUUUUAUCCAUGGUUCUUGUUAAACCUGUGCUUAAUUUUUGUCCCUUUCUGCCUCUCUCUCUCCAUACUUUCCUUCCUCCUUACCUCCCUGGCUACGUUCGGCAGCCCAGAUCAUUGUCAACAAACAGUGGUGCGGAAUGGAGCCUUGCGAUGACGGGGAGCAGUGCACUUUGUUAAUAAACCGUUCAGGCUGGAGCUGCACUCGGCAACUGGGGCGAAUAAAGACAGUCACGGUAAGCAAACUGCUGAGCAAAAACAACUUCCUCUUUUGGGGACUGAGCUGUGGGAAGGGAGGGAGGGAAGGAGGGAGGAAGUUGCCCAUAGCAGGGGCAGGAUUCUUGCUAGAGGGCAUCUUGUGAAAAGAGAGAAGCAGCUUGUGAGCCAAGAAACUUCUUUUCGGCCCAUGGCAGAUCUGUACUGGCUGCAGCAACCGUGUUCUGCCUAGAGCAAUUCUGUAGGUACCAGCUGUGCAGAAAUACCACAAGGCGAGGUCUGUUCCUGUUCCUUGUAUCCAGACCCUGUGGUGUAGCCCUUUUCUGUCAUUCUCAGAUUGCAUGGAGAAUAGGGAUGUAAUCUGAUUCUUGGUACCAAGGUAUGGGGAAAUCCUGCAAGCAAGACAACAAGCCAGUUAGAGGCUUGGUCAGCUCAUAGGAAAUUUCACCAGCAUCCCUGGUAGGGAAUAAAUAGUGGAGGGGAUAUUGGACUGGCCUGCCCCCAACAUCUCCUUUCCUUCCCACCAGUGGCGUAGCGUGGGUUGUCAGCACCCGGGGCAAGGCAAGUAAUCCCCUGCACCCCCCACGCUAUGCCACUGCUUCCCACAUUGUCUGAAGGAAGACUACAUAUGUGUCUGGCUGAAGAUGCUCAGAAGGUUUCUGUGAUCCAGAACCAUGCCCAGCCAGGGUUCCCAGCCACAAGGAGGGUUUAUAAGCACAUCCUGGCAAACAGAUGAAGAAUCUCCAUCCAUCUUGUCUUGGGUGUGGCUGGCAGGGACGGGAUGUCAGAGGCGAGGCUGGGGUGCAUUUAUUCCCACCUGCAUUCUUUGAACCAGUUCAAAAAUGGGAUGUGGCCUACCAUCUAGAUUUUUGAGAAUAUUAGCCUUCAAAACACCAUAUCCAGAGGGCUCUUUUGGAGGGAGGGGGUCACUAUAUGCGCCAUCACAGUGGAGCAAGGGAGGAAAUGCUGAGAAGCAGAGGAUGCCUGAAGCGACGCUCAGCUUUGGCAGAAUAUGCGGUGCCGUUUCUUCCCGUUUAUCCUGUGAGCACAGGGAGGCAUCGCCUGCCCCUUCUGCCUGUGGGGAAUCAGCCUUGCUAAUAGAGUUGGUACAUGGGCCACGCACGAGGGCUUUGCCAGCUAUUAAUAUAACUCACUUGCAGGGACCCACAUCAAGCAAUUUGUUUUGUUGAGUUCACCGCAGGCGCAGGAGGGAUCGUGCUCUCUGAGGGCCUUUUAAAACGACUGCUGCCUAGACAGGUAGAGAUGGAUUUGGGUGGAUCUUAAACAAAGCUCUUGGCGGUGCAGAGAGGGAGUAAUAAGGCCUGCAAAACAAAGGAGCUCCAUUUUUUCCUCCAUACAAGUUGACAGCAGAAUAGUAAGAGUCCCGGAUUACUGCCUUGGCUUUGUGCUGGGUGUGCUGCAGUGUGGCUUCAGCAAAAAUGAAUGUGCAUCAUAGUUAAAGCUGGUUCUUCUUUAUUCCUAAGGGAAACUCCAGCCACUCUCCCUCUGUUCAGUUUGCCAGACUUCAGCCCAUGCUUUAGAGUGCUUUAAGGCACCUCCCAUGCUGUUGCUUUCCUGGUCUCUCUCAUUAAUCUCCUUCUCCGCCUGCUGGUCUAACAGGUGGGGGAAGAAGAUGAAAGAAGGAGCGGGCUGUGAGUGCAACUGCUGCAUCCCUCCUUCCACCUGUCUGUGUUUUAUGGUGGCUGUUCCUCCUAUUGCCCAUGUUCAGACUGCGAGUGCUGUUCUGAAUGUAGCUGCAAUGGGACCAGUCAUACACAAGAGGGAAAGAAUAAACAGGUUCAGGGGAAUAGCAGAGUUCGCAGAUGUGCAAAAAACAUGGGAGGGGGGGCCUUAAGUGUGAAGGGCAUUCCCCCACCCCAAAAACCUAAUGAAGACUAAGCAUGCUAAGGUUGUGGAAGAAUGACUGACCAUUAGCAGGGGGGGGUGAAGGGAGGGGCAGCCAAUGGAAAACCAUGUGGGAUGGGAGUGGAAAAAGAAUGGAGUAUGAGGAGGAGGCCAUGACUGAAAUGUGGAAAAGAUUAUUCUGCACAGCAGUAUCCUGUUGUAGGUCCCAUUGCGGUGGGUGUUAGGAUUUUGUGUUGCCAUUGCUUCAAGAUGCAUAGGGUGGCAUCCAUGUCUUGCUCCCUUCCACAUUUUAUCUUCACAACAACCUUGCAAAGGUAAGACCUAAUGAGAGGGACUAGCCCAAGGUCACCCAUGAAAUUUGGCAACCUCUGUAGAUCAGGAAUGGCAGGUUUGUUUGUUUGUUUUGUAAAAUUUAUAUACCACUUGAUUGUAGAAAAAAACUCAAAGCGGUUUACAGAAAAGAUAAAACAAUAAAAAACUUUAAAAACUUGCAACCUUAAUUUAAAGCAGACAGUGAAAGCGAGAAUAGACUCAAAUUAAAAACUCACACAAACUUUCUAAACAUCUGGGUAGAUUUGUCUAAAUAAGAAUGUCUUGAGCAGGCACCAAGACGAAGUCAGGGAUGGAUGGUUAUCUUAACUGAGUUGCACAAAUGUCGGUGCAGACCACCUUCUACUUCUUAUUUCAGUUCAUGGCAAUUCAGAGCAUGUCACUUCUAUAUCAGAAAUGACACAGGAAGUGGUUCCUCCCCCCCCCAUGGGGAUUCAGUGCUGAUGGGGAACAAUGACAUGGUCAAGCCCAGGGUUGCUGCCCUUCAGAAAUCUGGGGAAGCGGAGGUGUGGUGAUGCUGGAGAACCACUUCUUCAUACGCCACAUUCACAAAGGUGGCUUAAAGCUUAAAAACAUUUUUCCUGGAACAUCUGAAGCCACCCUGUUAACUACAGGAGAGCGUGUGGAUUGUAAUUUGGGUUAUUCACCCUUUUCUAGUAGUUUUGGGGAACAGGCACAUCAGAACAGCAUAGCAGUGCUUUUUGUGGAUGUUGGGUAGUGGAGAAACUUGACGUUUCACUUGAAAACCUGUUUCCCCCCUGCUACCAUUCUAGAGCUGAGGAUUAUCUUUGGCCUGCCAAGAAACUUGUGAUGCCUCCAGUUCCACUUUCCUACGUUUGGGGCCUUUGCAGCCAUGGCUGGCCUAUUUCAUGCUCUCCCAGCCUCUCUGGAGCUGGCUUUUGAGCAGAGCUGCUUGGCUGUCUUCCACCACCUGACGUGGGAAGGGACGUAGGGUCAAGAGUGCACCCAGGAAGAAGAGGGGUGUGUGCCAGUUGAUUUCUUAUUCAAAAGGCAUCGGAGCUGAAUGCUCCUUUAGCAGCACCCUCCCAGAUGAUCACACGGAUCCAGGAGCAGCUGGCAGGCUACUGGAUGUGCGAGGCCCAGCAGCCCGUGCUGCAGUCAGCUCAGUAAGUGAAUAACAAUGAAUGGGGAGCUGGAGGUUGCUUCAGAAGCGCACUGGGAUAUUUUAUUAAUGCCAGAGGCUUCAAGGUUUAGAGGGAGGUGAGCGAUGCUCCCCACAGAAGAGCGGAGAUGGGCAUUGCCAGGCCAAGCCCGUUUGCCUCCCAUGUACGUUUUGCUCUGGGCAUCAGUUGGGCUGCCAAGACCAGCUGCCAGGAGGGCUCCUGCACCUGUAAAUAAUGGCACUGAAGAAAUUGCACCAGAUGCAACUUCCCCCGCUGGCCUCCCCCCGGCCACGUUUCACAUCUGCUGAAAUUCUUCCUUCCCCCAGUGCAAUGCUUAGGGCAGAAGUUAGGCAUCAUACUUGAUCCAGGGCUGCCAUGGAAAAUGGCAGCCCCACCUCAAGUUCUCACACACCCAUAUUAUGAUGCAAGCAUGUUGUGCAUUUCCCUGUUCCAUGCUGCCACACACAGUGGGGGAGAUGGGUGGAGAAAUAUAUAGCACGAUGAUAUUGCAAUGUGGAUGCAUGUGUCUGAACAUUAUGGAGAUAAGAAAGCAAGCUUUUGGGGUGGGGAGGGGCAAGGCUGAUCGGUUGGGUCCUAAGCUGGCCCUGCUUCCAUCAUCUAAUAACAUUGGGGCUGAUAUGGGCCCAGUGAUUUUGCCAGCUCCAGCCUAGGGCAGUGAUUUGCCUGCACCCCUACCUUCCACCCUGGCUGACAAGCUGAGCAAGUCUGCAGACAGGGCAGUAAAGCCACAUCGGUGCAAUCAGGGUUAGGAUUGCACUAAAGCCAUCAGUAAAGGGAGCCAUUCUAUGUUAAGUGUUGUAUGAAGGAAGUGCAUUCUUUUUGUCUGAAUCGGCCACCAAUCAAUUCAGUUGGGUAACCUGGAGUUCUUCUAUUAUGUUCAAUAAAUAAGAAACUCUCUCCACUUUUUCCUCCUCACACAUAAUUUUGUGAGCCUCUGCUGUCCCCAGACACCAGCUCCCUCAGCCUGAAAGUGGAGAUGAGCGUUGCACCCCUUAGUCGAAUUUGACUGGACCAUCCAGGGGUCCUUUACCUUUUUACCUCUUACACCUCAUUGCCUUUCUUCAUCCAUGUUUCAUCAAACAAAACAUCAAAACACAUUGCCAUUUCUUUGAAGGAAAUGUGCUCCAACCUGUUAAUCAUUUUCACUGCCUUUUGAUACACUUUCCCCAGCAAAUAUAUAUAUAUAAAGAGACAGAGACAGAGAGAGGAAAUGUGGUUUACCCCUCACAGAGCUACAGUCACCAGUACCUAUUACAAACCACAUUGUCUUUGCACAGCCUAAGUAUAUGCAAUUAAAAUAAUCAAAUAUUCCUCCUUGCCUACAUGCCUGUUUUUCAAUAUAGUGCUUUCUUUACCCAUUUCCUCUGCUGUCCCCAUAUAUAUCUCCCUUUCUAGAUUUUAAGCCCUUUGGAAGCAGGGGCUUUUCAAAACCUGUUCUUGGUUAAGUGGCAUGCACAUUUAUAUCAUAGUAUUAUAUAAAUAAGAACAAUUAUUUCACAUUUGAGUUAUUUCAGAACUCUCUGGUGGAUGCUGUCAAUACUGUGUUGUUGAUUUUGUUUAAAAAAUAAUGUGAAUCAGCGGAAGGACUUAAUCUCUUGUCGCUUCCUCUUUCCUGCCCAGAAAAAGUGUGUUUAGGUGUCUGUCCAACAUCUUCCCAUGAAGACCAACACAAAGAAUGCAUUCAGUUUCAUCCUCCUCCAGUAAUUCCUUUCACAUCUUUGUCCUCUUAACGGCCUGACUGCCUCCUGGCUAGUUUCACGCUUCUGAUGCGUUUAAAGAUGUUUUAAUCAUUGACAUAUUGUUUUUAACAAUAUGGUGCACUAAUACUUUUUUUUUUUUUUUGCUUGCUUGCCUUAUUGUCAACUUAAAUUUGUUUUUUUCCAGAGAGUUUCUUUUAUUCUCAUUGGGCAAGACCUGCUUUUUAAAAGAAGCCUUCUUGUCUUUUAAAGCUUCCUUGACUCUGCUCAUUAAUUCUGCUGGCAUUCUGUCGGACUUAUUAGUCACUCUCAUGUUCUGUGGUAUACAUUCUAACUGAGCUUCUAUUGUUGUGGUUUUAAAUAACUCCCUGAAGGGAUUUGACCCUCUUGACUCUCUAAUUCAACCUCCUCCUGUUUAAUCUCCUUUUUUAAAAAAAAGUUUUCUCUUUUAAAAUUAAAUAUAACUGUUGGAUUUCCUGGACAACUUUCUCCUCAUAACCAUAUCUGUUACAUUUGAUUGCACUGUGUUCAGUCUUCCCAGUCAGUCUGAUAUGCCCAGUGUCACCUCCCCUACAGUCCGUUCUAUGACUAAGGCUCCUCAGGUUUGAGGAGGGAACUAAAGACAAUUUUGACUGCCUUAGGUCACAUAACAUCUGCACCAUCCAUUUAAAGUACUGUCGUACUUUGGUUUUUGAACAGCUUAGUUCUCGAACGUUUUGGCUCCCAAACGCUGCAAACCUGGUAGUGACUGUUCUGUUUGCGAACUAUUUUUGGAAGUUGAAUGUCCGAAGGGGGUUCUGAUUGGCUGCUGGAGCUUCCUGCAGACAAUCAGAAGCCGUGAUUUGGUUUCCGAAUGUUUUGGAAGUCGAACGGACUUCCGGAACAGAUUCCGUUAGACUUCUAAGGUACAACUGCAAUCCACUUUUAGAGUCAUGGUUUCCCCCAAAGAAUCCUAGGAACUGUAGCUUGUUAAGGGUGCUGAAAGACCCCAGGAGACCUUAAUAAGCUACAGUUUCCAGAAAUCUCUGGGAGAAGCCACAACUCUUAAGUGAUAUAAGUGAGUUUUAAAUGCAUGGUGUGGAUAUAACCCCCUUCAUGGAUCACUGCCUUGCCGUGGCGAAGGGGCUUGAAUAACUCGGAGAAGCUAUGAGCUAUGCCGUGCAGGGCCACCCAAGAUGGACAGGUCAUAGUGGAGAGUUUUGACCAAACGUGAUCCACCUGGAGCAGGAACCGGCAAGCCACUCCAGUAUCCCUGCCAAGAAAACUCUAUGGACAAAGACAAAAGGCAUAUAAAAGUUAUGACCCUGGAAGAUGUGCCCCUCAGGUCGGAAGGCGUCCAACAUGCUACUGAGGAAGAGCGGAGGACAAGUACAGUGGUACCUCGCAAGACGAAUGCCUCGCAAGACAAAAAACUCACUAGACGAAAGGGUUUUUUGUUUUUUGAGCUGCUUCGCAAGACGAUUUUCCCUAUGGGCUUGCUUCGCAAGACGGAAACGUCUUGCAAGUUUGUUUCCUUUUUCUUAACACCGUUAAUACAGUUGUGACUUGACUUCGAGGAGCAACUCAUAGAACGCGGUGUGGUAGCCUUUUUUGAGGGUUUUAAAGACUUUGGUGAUUUUUGAAGCUUUUCCAAAAUCACAAGAUGACAAAAUCACAAGAUGACAAAACUCGCGGAACGAAUUAAUUUCAUCUUGCGAGGCACCACUGUACAAGUAGAUUCAGAGCUGAUGAAGCGGCUGGGCCAAAGCCGAAAGGACGCUCAGUUGCGGAUAUGCCUGGAAGCGAAAGGAAAGUCCAAUGCUGUAAAGAAAAAUAUUGCAUAGGAACCUGGAAUGUAAGAACCAUGAACCUUGGUAAGUUGGAUGUGGUCAAAAAUGAGAUAGCAAGAAUAAAUAUUGACAUCCUGGGCAUCAGUGAACUAAAAUGGACGGGAAUGGGCGAAUUCAGUUCGGAUGACCAUCAUAUCUACUACUGUGCGCAAGAAUCCCGUAAAAGAAAUGGAGUGGCCCUCAUAGUCAACAAAAGAGUGGCAAAAGCUGUAUUGGGAUGCAAUCUCAAAAAUGAUAGAAUGAUCUCGAUACGAAUCCAAGGCAGACCUUUUAACAUCACAGUAAUCCAAGUUUAUGCACCAACCACUGGUGCUGAAGAAACUGAAAUUGACCAAUUCUAUGAAGACUUACAACACCUUAUAGAAUUGACACCAAAGAAGGAUGUUCUUCUCAUUAUAGGGGAUUGGAAUGCUAAAGUAGGGAGUCAAGAGAUAAAAAGAACAACUGGCAAGUUUGGCCUUGGAGUUCAAAACGAAGCAGGGCAAAGGCUAAUAGAGUUCUGCCAAGAGAACAAGCUGGUCAUCACAAACACUCUUUUCCAACAACACAAGAGACGACUCUACACAUGGACAUCACCAGAUGGGCACCAUCGAAAUCAGAUUGAUUAUAUUCUCUGCAGCCAAAGAUGGAGAAGCUCUAUACAGUCAGCAAAAACAAGACCUGGAGCUGACUGUGGCUCAGAUCAUCAGCUUCUUAUAGCAAAAUUCAAGCUUAAACUGAAGAAAGUAGGAAAAACCACUGGGCCGGUAAGAUACAAUCUAAGUCAAAUCCCUUAUGAAUACACAGUGGAAGUGAGAAACAGGUUUAAGGAUUUAGAUUUGGUGGACAGAGUGCCUGAAGAACUAUGGAUGGAGGCUCGUAACAUUAUACAGGAGGCAGCAACGAAAACCAUCCCAAUGAAAAGGAAAUGCAAGAAAGCAAAGUGGCUGUCCAAUGAGGCCUUACAAAUAGCGGAGGAGAGAAGGCAAGCAAAAUGCGAGGGAGAUAGUGAAAGAUACAGGAAAUUGAAUGCAGACUUCCAAAAAUAACAAGGAGAGACAAGAAGGCCUUCUUAAACGAGCAAUGCAAAGAAAUAGAGGAAAACAACAGAAUGGGAAGAACCAGAGAUCUGUUCAAGAAAAUUGGAGAUAUGAAAGGGACAUUUCGUACAAAGAUUACCAUAAUAAAGGACAAAAGUAGUAAGGACCUAACAGACACAGAAGACAUCAAGAAGAGGUGGCAAGAAUACACAGAGGAAUUAUACUAGAAAGAUAUGGAUGGCGCGUACACUCCAGGUAGUGUGGUUGCUGACCUUGAGCCAGACAUCCUGGAGAGUGGAGUCAAAUGGGCCUUAGAAAGCACUGCAAAUAACAAAGCCAGUGGAAGUGAUGGUAUUCCAGCUGAACUACUUAAAAUUUUAAAAGAUGAUGCUGUUAAGGUGCUACACUCAAUAUGUCAGCAAGUUUGGAAACUCAGCAGUGGCCAGAGGAUUGGAGAAGAUCAGUCUACAUCCCAAUCCCAAAGAAGGGCAGUGCCAAAGAAUGCUCCAACUACUGCACAAUUGCACUCAUUUCACAUGCUAGCAAGGUUAUGCUUAAAAUUCUACAAGGAAGGCUCAAGCAGUAUGUGGACCGAGAACUCCCAGAAGUGCAAGCUGGAUUUAGAAGAGGCAGAGGAACCAGAGACCAAAUUGCAAAUAUGCACUGGAUUAUGGAGAAAGCUAGAGAGUUCCAGAAAGACAUCUACUUCUGCUUCAUUGACUAUGCAAAAGCCUUUGACUGUGUUGACCACAGCAAACUAUGGCAAGUUCUUAAAGAAAUGGGAGUGCCUGAUCACCUCAUCUGUCUCCUGAGAAAUCUCUAUGUGGGACAAGAAGCUACAGUUAGAACUGGAUAUGGAACAACUGAUUGGUUCAAAAUUGGGAAAGGAGUACGGCAAGGCUGUAUAUUGUCUCCUGCUUAUUUAACUUAUAUGCAGAAUUCAUCAUGCGAAAGGCUGGGCUGGAUGAAUCCCAAGCCGGAAUUAAGAUUGCCGGAAGAAAUAUCAACAACCUCAGAUAUGCAGAUGACACAACCUUGAUGGCAGAAAGUGAGGAGGAAUUAAAGAACCUUUUAAUGAGGGUGAAAGAGAAGAGCGCAAAAUAUGGUCUGAAGCUCAACAUCAAAAAAACGAAGAUCAUGGCCACUGGUCCCAUUACCUCCUGGCAAAUAGAAGGGGAAGAAAUGGAGGCAGUGAGAGAUUUUACUUUCUUGGGCUCCAUGAUCACUGCAGAUGGUGACAGCAGUCACGAAAUUAAAAGACGCCCUCUCCUUGGGAGAAAGGUGAUGGCAAACCUAGACAGCAUCUUAAAAAGCAGAGACAUCACCUUGCCAACAAAGGUCCGUAUAGUUAGAGCCAUGGUUUUCCCAGUAGUGAUGUAUGGAAGUGAGAGCUGGACUAUAAAGAAGGCUGGUCGCCGAAUAAUUGAUGCUUUUGAAUUAUGGUGCUGGAGGAGACUCUUGAGAGUCCCAUGGACUGCAAGAAGAUCAAAUGCAUCCAUUCUUAAGGAAAUUAGCCCUGAGUGCUCACUGGAAGGACAGAUCGUGAAGCUGAGGCUCCAAUACUUUGGCCACCUCAUGAGAAGAGAAGACUCCCUGGAAAAGACCCUGAUGUUGGGAAAGAUUGAGGGCACAAGGAGAAGGGGACGACAGAGGACGAGAUGGUUGGACAGUGUUCUCGAAGCUACAAACAUAAGUCUGACCAAACUGUGGGAGACAGUGGAAGACAGAAGUGCCUGGCGUGCUCUGGUCCAUGGGGUCACGAAGAGUUGGACACGACUAAACAACAACAAGUGGAUAUAACCUUAUUCAAAACCCUGCCAGGUUCUCAGCAGCAGGGAAGAAGGGAGAUUGGAAAAGCACUCUUGUGUUCCAUCCUUUUGCCUGACUUUUUAAAACAACUUCCCUCCCAUUAGAAAUAUGGGGGUGGUUUUGCAGGUGAGGCUGAGAAGACUAUGAAUCUUUCGGAACAUACCUUUUGCUGGUCCUCUCUGCCAGACCCUUCAACUGAUGUUGAAGCUGGUAUGUCAAUAGGGUCAGUGUCCUGGAUGUUUCCAUGUUGGUAGGGAAUCUGAGAAUCUGACAUCUGAUCUCCCUUUCUGACACAGAGCUCUUUUAUGGCGGAAGAAGAUCUGAUGCAUUCCCCUUAGGAUGCCCUCCUAUGGGACAUAGGAUUGCAGUGUGUUCUAAGGCUUUGUCAUAUUUACAAAUGUUAUGACUUGUAUGUGCAUUUGCAUCCAUUCCACAUACGGAAAGUUAAAACCACCCAGUAUUCCAACCUUUUCCUCCUUUGGCUACCUCUCUUGAUUUCUUUCUCCAUCAAAGAUCUCUCCCAGAGCUUGCUCAGAGUUGUAUGUUUACUCUCCAACACCAAAUUAUUUUAUAGACCCUAAAGUUUCCACACACAGUGAUUCAGUGGAAGAGUUUAUUCCUCUUACGUUUUCUAGUUUAGUGUUAAAGUGCCCUCUUUAACGCAUAGAGGAACAUCACUCCCAAUAUCCCCCUCCUCAUUUUUUCUGCAUCCUGGGUCAUCUGGUUUCCCUCCACUUCCCCCAUCUUGCCCUGGAAGCCUCCAGCUAGCAUUGUUUCAUAAACAGAACAUUAUGUCCCUCUCCAUACAUCAUUUUCAUGUGCAAUUUUCACCCACAACUCUUUGGUCUCGCCGGCUGUCAUUUCUUCCUGUAUGCCCUUUGCCAAGAUCUAUCUCUCCCUUACUUCCAUGACCUAAAAUAUUGACACCAUUACCCUCAAGGGACAAGUAACAUCCUGAACCAGAUGGUCCCCCACCUCCUGGCAGCUUCCUUUCAGAUAUCUUUCUAGAAGAUGCUCUGCAGCCUUUUGGAUAUGAAAACACCAGCAGUCUGGUUCCAUUGCUGUUCAGGCAGAACCUGCCUCUCUUGUGCAGGCUCAGUCUCUCCCCAGAAGUUCCCUAGUGCCUAACAAAUCUAAACCUUUCCCCCCAAUGCCACUGCCUCAUCCAUGCAUUGAGACCCCGCAUGUAAUUCUCCAGCUGUUAAGGGGAGAUAAAUCCACCUUGGGCUUUCGGGACAGGGGAUGAUGGAGGAGGGGUGUGUGAGGAGCGGAGAGACUCAUCCAUAUUUAUCAAACGCAAUCGCAGAUUUGGCAAAUCCCAUCCCAAUCGCCCCAGCUCUUAUUUUGCAUUAUUAAAUAUUCAUGCAAGCUGGUUGACAAUGUGGGGUUUGCACAUUUUUGCCACUGAAUCAUUUAUGUACAAAUCAGGGGAAACACAGAACCCUGCAAAAAAGGAAAAAAAGGUGACUCAUUGGAAAAGGUUCAGAAAAGGGCAGCCCCGAUGAUCAAGGGGAUCUCUCCUAUGAAGAAAGGUUGCAGCAUUUGGGACUUUUUAGCUUGGAGAAAAGUCGAGCAAGAGGCAACAUGAAUGAAGCUUGUAAAAUUAUGCAUGGCGCUGAGUAGCUGGGUAGAGGAACAUUUCCUCCCUUAUGACACUAGGACUUGUGGACAUCAAAUGAAGCUGCAUGGUGGAAGAUUUGUGACAGAUAAACUCUCUCCUGCAGGAGGCAAUGGUGACAACCAACGUAUAUGGCUUUAAAAGAGGGCUGGACAAGUUCAUGGAGGAGGGGGCUGUCAAAGGUUACUACCCAUGAUGGCUGUGCUGAGCCUCCACAGUUUGAAGCAGCAAUGCUUCUGAAUACUAGUUGAUGGGAACCAUAGGAAAGGAGACUGCUGCCAUGUCCAUCUUACAGGCUUGCCACAGACAUCUGAGUAGCCGCUGUGAGAACAGGAUGCUGGAGUAGAGGGAUCACUGGCCUGAGCCAGCAGGCUAUUUUUAUGUUCUUACUUUAAACUGUAAUCCACCUGGUUGUGGCCUUUUGCAAGAAAGUUUGUAAGCAGGGACAGUGCACCUCCUGAACCUUCCAUAUUGGGAGCCAUGCACAGCCUCCACUCUGUAACUUGUGUUCACUUUCCUUCUAUAGAAACUAACAUUUUAUGAGGCAGCACUUUGAAAAGCUCACAGAACAGAAUGAGGGCAGCGUUUCUACUUCAUCCUGGAACCAUCCCCAUAAUGGGGAAUUAAGGUUUCUCUUAGGGCAGGUCUGAUAGAAAUGUUAAUGCCCAUACCAAAAAAAUCAAUCGGGUUUCUACUGAACUCUGCAAAAAAUUUGAAUGUGACUUCUACUUUUCUUUCUUUCCUGUGGAAAAAUUCAUACUAAUCUAGUCCUCUGGGGAAAACACUUGCUCCCUCCUCCUUUUCCACAGCUCCCAAACUCUUGCAUAUCAUUCUCCAACCCAAAGGAAAAAGCUGAGGGUGAGAUUAAGGAGUAAAAUCCGGAGCAAAUGUGCUUAAAGCUGUUACGAUCUGCCACCUGCGAGUGUGGCACAUGUCAGUGGGACUUAACAGGAUAAUGGCAAGCUGAUUAGGCACAGGUCGGUGCGUGGGCCACCUUCCACUGCACCUUCAUACACAGCUGAACAUCCAGAAUUCACAAGGAGCUGGGAAAGAUAGGAAUUGCUUAGCCGGUUUUGUCUGUGCUCUUGAGCCGAGGCUCACAAAUAAUUAACAAUAAUAAUAAUAAUUUAUUAUUUAUACCCCACUCAUCUGACUGGGCUUCCCCAGCCCAGCCUCCUUUUUGGAAGCUCCUUUUGUUGGGCUUCCAACAAAAUAUUAAAAUACCAUAAUGCAUCAUACAUUAAAAGCUUCCCUAAGCAGGGCUGCCUUCAGAUGUCUUCUAAAAGUCUGGUAGUUGUUCUCUUUGACAUCUGGUGGGAAGGCAUUCCACAGGGCGGGUGCCAGUACCAAGAAGGCCCUCUGCCUGGUUCCCUGUAACUUGGCUUCUCACAGUGAGGGAACCGCCAGAAGGCCCUCGGUGCUGGACCUCAGUGUCUGGGUAGAACGAUGGGGGUGGAGACACUCCUUCAGAUAUACUGGACACAAAGUGUCCGUCAAACCUCUGUCACAUCUCAGCGCACCCAUUCAUGUGUUCCACGGUCAUGUUUGAAUGUCACUUGUGUCACACGUCUGGGCUCAUAAAGCUGAACAUCCAAAGAGCCUACAGGUGUCCGGCUGUUUGUAGUGAACAGGAGGAGGGAGCUGGCCCCAUAGAACAAGAAUGGGACCUAGCUACAUGUUACAUCAGGAGUAAGGAACCUGUUUCAAACGGAGAGCUGUGUUCUCUUCCAGGCAGCCUUCCGAGGAUCACAUGUCAGCGGUGUCCACAACAAAUUAACAGGAGGCUAGUUUUUACACGUACACAGCCCUUGGUAUCUUCCAUUCAGACAAGCAAAAGGCCUUAGCAGAAUUCAAGGCCACAGCAGUCCAGCCAGGCAAAAACAGUCUGGGUUUGUGAAGCAGGAUCAGUGAGGGAGUGGGGCCUGAGGAGAGGUCUUAGUGCCACAGCACUCUGCAUUUGGGCCUGAGGUGCCCUACCCCCAUGCUGUGCUAGUGAUGCACUUGGCAAGCAAGUUGUGGCCUUAAAAAAAUUAAAUACAAGACUUGAGGGCAGGGGAGAGGGCAUUGGGACACUUGUACCACAGCACACAGCCAAUUUUGUCAUUGAUGUAAUGUGACAUUAUGCCCUUUUUAAUUUUAAAUUUAGUCAAGUUUGAGGUGCAGUGUCAAUCAAAUGGUACAUCAGAAUUAAACCUUUGAGGUGGAACAUCAUGCCAUAAGAUCUAUGGCAUGUGGAAUUAACAUUUGAAGAGUUGUACUACUGAAUAUUUGCAUUCAAAGGCACAUACUCUGAUUUUGUUUUGCGAAACACUUGGUUUGGCUUUUGUUCAGUGGAGGGUAUCAAUGUUCCCCUUGAGCUCCCAGGAGCUCCCAGUUGGCUCAUGGAGCUGCCUGGCUGAGGUAGAAUGAUCUGAAAAACUGGGAAUGCAGAGAGAAAAGACAAUAGGUUGAUCGAGAGCAUUAUCUAUGCUGACUGCAACUUCUGUUAUCUCCUAGACUUGUUCACAUGUUACACUGGACACAGGUACAAGCUGUCUUUAGUACACAUGUACAAGGUUUUGUGUGAAAGACUGUUGCCUGAGGCAAACUAUAACUCCAAGAGGUUAUACAAUACAGUACAAUAUACCCAAUCCCUUUAUGGCUUCUUCUUCUCUAGGUCUCCUGA